AUGAGCGAAGCAGGAACUAUAAAGGUGACUAAAGGUUCUUUAGUCAUGCUGAAAGGCAAGCUGGAGAACGGCCUUUACACAUUGGUCGGAAGCACCAUUGUUGGCUCUGCAAAUGCAUCUACAGUGCAUUUAUCUAAUGAUGACAAGGUAAGACUAUGGCACAUGAGUCUAGGUCAUAUGAGCGCACGUGGACUGAAGAUGUUGAGCAAUCAUAACCUUUUGGAAGGUGAAAAUAUCAACACACUUGACUUCUGUGAGCACUGCGUUCUAAGGAAGCAGAAGAAGGUCAGCUUCAGCACUGGCAAACACAAGACAAGAGGAGUGCUAGAUUACAUCCAUUCAGAUUUAUGGGGUCCUUCUAAACUUCCAUCGAAAGGCAGAAAGAG